GUUAUUCAUCCCAGUCUGUGGAGGGAGGUGUGUGUCCAGAACAUUACCCUGAAGCACAGUAGUGUCUGGCACUUGUGAAUCUCAAGUGUCAACAGGAAAGGACUUACUAGCAGCUGUGUUUGGACGGCCCUCGGGCCCUCAGUGUCACCCUGCAGGCUGGGAAACGGGUCUGUGUCCUGGCUUCUUAACCAAAUGAUUUGGAGAACCACAGCCGCUCCCCCCAGCAGGCUUAGACUCACCCCUGAAUUCUACUCCCCCGUCCUCAGGGAUCCCAGUGGGCCAGGGCCAGGGCAAAUGGGUCCUAACAAUAAGGGGAGAUAGGCUGUGAUAAAAGGCCCAACAAAGCCAGCGCCUAGCGCUGCAAGUCCCCGCCCACCUGCUCACCUUUAACCCCCACCCAGUUGUUAUUUAACUCAUGGGAACUGCACUCUGGAAACCUCCAGGGAGGACACGAGGUCCCUGGGCAGGUCCCAGGAUGAGAGCAGGAACCUAUCAGGUGAGACCUUCCUCCCUGCACAGGGGAGGCCCUGGGCUUCUGGGUGGGGAGAAGGCGGAUCUUGGGUAUCCUCUCAACUCCCCCUCCCGUCUCCAGCCCAGCUAAAGCCUGGGCUUGCAGAGGUGGCCUGCGGUCACUGCUCGCCUGGGUGGGGAGCAUGAAGGCCGGGGAUGAAAGGUGCCAGGUCCUUCGCUACUUCCUGGCCAGUGGCUGAGAAGCUGUGGUGUGAAGCAAGCAUGGAGCAGCCGAGCCCAUCCGGGGGGCCUUUCUCGGCUACAUCCGCCUCUUUCCAGGAUGCUGUGCGCACACUCAACAGCCUGCAGACCAAUGCCAGCUACCUGGAGGAGGUGAAGCGCCGGCGGGGUGACCACCAGACACAGCUGGAAACCAUGAAGCUGUACUUGGCACGGAGUGGGCUGCAGGUGGAGGACUUGGACCAGCUGAACAUCAUCCACGUUACUGGGACGAAGGGGAAGGGCUCCACCUGUGCCUUCACUGAACGGAUCCUCCGGAACUAUGGCCUGAAGACGGGAUUCUUUAGGUCUCCCGGCAGCUCUCCCCACCUGGUGCAGGUGCGCGAGCGGAUCCGCAUCAAUGGGCAGCCCAUCAGCCCCGAGCACUUCACCAAGCACUUCUGGCGCCUCUACCAUCGGCUGGAGGAGACCAAGGACAGCAGCAGCUGUGUCUCCAUGCCUGCAUACUUCCGCUUCCUCACACUCAUGGCCUUCCAUGUCUUCCUGCAAGAGAAGGUGGACCUGGCAGUGGUGGAAGUGGGUAUCGGUGGCGCUUAUGACUGCACCAACAUAAUCAGGAAGCCUGUGGUAUGUGGGGUCUCCUCUCUUGGCAUCGACCACACUAGCCUUCUGGGGGACACGAUGGAGAAGAUCGCAUGGCAGAAAGGGGGCAUCUUCAAGCAUGGCGUCCCUGCCUUCACCGUGCCCCAGCCUGAUGGGCCCCUGGCAGUGCUGAGGGAGCGUGCUGAGCAGAUCUCAUGUCCCCUCUACCUGUGUCCACCGCUGGAAGCCCUGGAGGAAGGGGGGCCACCGUUGACCCUGGGCCUGGAGGGAGAGCACCAGCGGUCCAAUGCCGCGUUGGCCUUGCAGCUGGCCCGCUGCUGGCUGCAGCGAAAGGACCACCUAGGCACUGGGGAGCUGAAAGCGUCCAGGCCCAGCCUCCUGUGUCAGCUGCCUCUGGCACCCGUGUUCCAGCCCACAUCCCACAUGCGGAUUGGGCUUCGGGACACGGAGUGGCUUGGCCGGACGCAGAUACUGUGUCGCGGGCCCCUCACCUGGUACCUGGAUGGCGCGCACACCUGCAGCAGCGUGCAGGCCUGCGUGCGCUGGUCCCGCCAGGCCAAGCACCGCCGCAAGAGUGGGCCUGAGGUGCCUGAGGUGCGCGUCCUGCUCUUCAACUCCACGGGUGACCGGGACCCGGCGCCCCUGCUGAAGCUGUUGCGGCCCUGCCAGUUUGACUAUGCUGUUUUCUGCCCUAACCUGACGGAGGUGUCAUCCACGGGCAACGCAGACCAGCAGAACUUCAUGGUGACCCUGGACCAGGUGUUGCUCCGCUGCUUGGAACACCAGCAGCACUGGAGCCGACUGGAUGAGGAGGCGGCCAGCCCGGACCUCUGGAGCACCCCCAGCCCGGAGGCUGGUGGGCCGGCAUCCCUGCUGCUGGCACCCCGCCUGCCCCACACCCACGGCACCAGCUCCCUCGUCUUCAGCUGCAUCUCCCAUGCUUUGCAGUGGAUCAGCCAGGGCCGGGACCCUGACUUCCAGACACCCAGUUCCCCACGGGACCUUCUCGCCCACCCUGUGGCAAACAGCGGGGCCAGCGUGCUCCGUGAGGCUGCUGCCAUCCACGUGCUGGUCACAGGAAGCCUGCACCUGGUGGGCGGCGUCCUGAAGCUGCUGGAUCCCUCCCUGUCCCAGUAGCUGAGGCCGUGGGGUUGGAGGUGGGGCCUCCCACACCCGCCCUGAGUCUCUCCGUGAACUCCCACAUCAGGUGCCUUUUGUUUUCUGCUUUCCUGAUUCUGUCUGUCUGUCUAGACUGGCCCAGGGGCCUGGGCUCCGGCAGUGAAAUAGAUGGCUGGUGGGUGGGAGGUUGAGAUCGGACAUCCUGUCUCUGAGCUGAGCCUGUGGUGCCUUGGCCUCUCCUUCCUCCCUGCUGAUAUCGCGGGCGGGCGGGGGGGGGGGGAUGAGAAGGGGGAAACGGUUCUCCUGGGGUAGCCGGCCCGGCUGUCCAGCCCAGCUCCCACCAGACUGCGUCCUGGCCAGGCCUAGGGUCCUGCCAGGUGUAGGUCGCUCGUUUCCCUCCCCUCAGUGGCUUUCUGGGGAAGGAGAGGGUCCCUGCCUGGGGCUCCGUGGGGACAGAGGGUGGCUGGAUUAAAUUAAAGUCUUUACUUUGAGUU